AAUAUUUAUUACUCGGAACGCCACCCAUUUAUAGACCAAUACCUGAAACGAAAGCGAAACUGCUCUCUAGCCUACUGUUUGCUUCAUCACGGUAACAGUGCUUCCUGUUUGUUCACAGAUUCUCGCGUUGGUAGAAAUGUCUACUGAGGAUUUCUCUCUUGUUGUGGAUGGUGAGUCUUUGGACAGUAAACAGAAGGAGAUCCAGAACUGCAAGAAAAAGUAUGACGCAUUAUUAGCGGAACAAAAAUUACUGAGAGAGGGCAUCGAUAUGAACAAAAACUUUGCCAAGGAAUUUAAACAACGAGCUGAGAAGAGGAAAGUGUCAGUUGAAGAAGAAAACAAGAAAUAUACUACGGCAAUUCAGAAAGAGAAGGAGAGAUGCAGAAAUAAACUGGAGGAGCAAAACAAGCUGGAGAAGGAGAUCAUGAAAAUAAGGGAGGAGUUGCAAAGCCUGGACUACAAAAACAGCAGUCUGAAAAAACAAACUGAGAUCUCUACAGCGGUGCCUGAGAGGAGAGUUGUUUUUCGAGGAAAGACAAAAGAGGGUGCACAUGCUGUGAGUUUUGAUGUGAAAUCACGUAUAGUUUAUCCGAUGGAGGGUGGAACAGCACUGAUCACCUUUGAAGAAGAGGAUGUGGCUCAGAAAAUCUUGAGCCAGAAGGAGCAUAAGGUGGAGCUUGGGGAGUGUACCAUCACUGUGCAGGCUAAACCCAUUCAGUUCCUGGUACCUGAAUAUGUUGAGAUGGAAACACAGGUGUGCCCACGCAGAAUCCUAGUCUCUAACCUGCCAAAGGAAGAACCUGAGGACCGAGUACUAGACAAACUGGACAUCCAUUUCUCUAGGACCAGAAACGGAGGUGGCGAGGUGGAGGAAACAGACAUGCUGCACGACUCUGGCACUGUGGUCAUUACCUUCGUAGAUGAUAAUAUUGCCAAACGUCUCUCAGACAAACAGGAUCAUGAGGUAGAUUUUGGUAAGAAGAAGUACAAGGUGAAGGUCACUCCAUUCCUCAAUGGCGAGAUUUCGCAGAUGAUGAUCUGUAAUUCAGAGUGCAUGCACACAGUGCUGCUUACGGGCAUCCCUGACAUCAUGGACAAAGACAACCUGCAGGACAACCUGGAGAUCCACUUCCAGAAGACAACCAAUGGCGGCGGAGAGGUGGAAAGCAUCAUCUACAACCCUUUGGACCACACCACCCUGGCUUUGUUUGAAGAAGACUCUCCUAAAGAUAGCCAGAUGGUGUGAGAAAGCUAAUAAACUUCUACAGCCCGGAUGUCUAAUGCUGCCUGUAGACGACAAAUUAGAGGAUUAAUUCAUAAUAGACUAUGCGGGACUCUUUGUAAACUCUUGAUUUGGGGAUAUUCUGCAGAAAGACAAUAUGGAUCUGAUCUUUACCUCAUUAUCCUUAAUAGAAUAUAAGUUCAUUAUAUAAUAAUAAUAUACUUCAUUAUUGGAUAAAUUUUUUUUUCUUAUUUAAAAUUCUUAGUUAUAUUCUUUGUCAUUUGAUGAUAAAAAUGUGGUCAGAUUGAGUUAAGGUGUAUGGGUUAAUCUGAAUCAGAGGAAACAUUUCUCAAAACAAUUAUCCGUAUGUGAAAACAACAAAACCUUAAAAAGAACAAAGUCUUAAAUAAAUGUGAAAAUUAA